GACAAAUCAAAUCAGUCUUUUGUGCAAUCACACUGAGAUUUCCCUGGUGAAAAUGUUGAGGCCUUUGGUGCUGCUCCUGCUUGAAGUGAACCUCGUCACUGCCUUCCGGGACAACCAAGCACUGGCACAGCAGAAGAGCACUUUCUGCCCCAUGCACUGUUGCCGUCCUAAGUGCAGUGGCCAAAGCUAUAGCCUGACAGGGAAUUGGACAUUUCAAGACUGCAAAGUCAGGAAGGGUGCCAAGGACUUGCAUGGCUAUGGCAGAACAUGUUUUGAGGACUGCACGGUUGUCCACUCGGGAGAGCCCCAAAAUGCCACUGUGAUGCGUCGAAGUGGCGGUGGUUCGUCCCCGCAAUGUGAGCUGUAUCACCGUGACCUCCCAUUGCAGGAAUUGGCCAUGGACUUUGUGGAACAGCUCGAGAUUUCGGCCCUGAAACUGACCCGUGGCAACUAUGGGGACCUGCCAUUGAUGAAGGCAGACAAAGUUGAAAGUUUCUUGGAGAAAGUAAAAGAGAAGGUCCUGAAGCCAGAGUUCGACCAGCAGGGCUACAGUCAGGAGAUAAAGUCUAAGAAUGUCGUGAUCAUCGGAGAUCUUCAUGGGCAGCUUUUCAAUCUCAUCGGAUACUUGCUCUUCAUCAAGUCCAAACUCAAUGAUAAAGGCCUCAGUAUGCUAGACGGAUCAUCCUUACUUUUCUGUGAUCCGAGCAUGCAGUAUGUCUUCAUGGGAGACUAUGUGGAUCGUGGCGAACGAGGAGUGGAAUUGCUUCUGCUUCUGCUGGCCUACAAGGCCCGAUGCCCUGAGGGAAUGGCUCUCUUGCAAGGCAACCAUGAGACUGCUGAAAUGUGGUUCCCAUAUGGUUUUGCCGCGGAGCUGAAGUGGAAGUUCGAUGAGAAGGUUCGACUGGGCGACAUCGAAGACGUGGUUGAGCUCUUGCCUUAUGUGGCUGUCGCCCCAGAAAACUGGAUGGCCAUGCACGGCGGCCUCAGCCCUGCGUUGGAGAGAGUAUGCAGCGGCAAAGGUGGUCGCUUCAGUGAAUGUUUGACAAAAGAUGUGGGUUACACCACCGUUUGGGCUGAUCCACAUGAUGGCUAUGGAUGGAAACCUUCCCAAAGGGGCCCACAGUUCAGCACAUUUGGCAUGGACGUGGCACGAGCCUUCUUGGAAUCCAACAACCUGAAGGGCAUCUUCCGUGGCCAUGAACAAGUGGAGAAGGGCUGGGUGCGGAAAAAAGACCAGGACGGCUACUUCGUGGCCACCGUCUUCUCUGCAGCUGACUAUGUUGGCCUUUUUUGCAAAAAAGACGGGCGCCUGCCGGGCUGGGACAAGGGGAUGUUUUCCACGCCGGGUGACGGCAAUUUGGGUGGUAUUGUGGUGGUGGACCUCGCAGAGGGCUCACAUGCAUUCCAGCGGUUGCAAGCCAGCAAGACCCGAGAAAUUGCCGCGAAGUUCACCAAAGCCCAGUGCGAAAUGGGCUUCAGUCUGUUGGAAUCGCAGUCCGAAAGCCCACCCAAGGUCACCCUUGAGAGCUUCAUUGAGGACAAACACAAGAGCAUCAAGCGUCUUGGAGAUGGCAACCAUGGCAACCUUGAUUCCUGCAGCUUGGAUAAGGAUGAAACAGAGGCCUUGAAAGAAAAGACACGUCAGAUCCUUGCCAAUGCCGAGAACCGAGAGUUUGAAGCCCGGAAGUUGAUCGAUUUGCAGGGAGAGGCGCUGAUUCAUGGUGAGAACCUUGAGAUUUGCAAAGCAAUGAAGAAGGACAAGGCAAUGUUGGAAGUGUACCAUGAGCUCGAUGGCACGGAUGAGAAGAUCUUGGAGUUCGACAUCGAGAUCAGGGAACAUGAGUUGGAGGAAGUCCUGGAGUGAGUGUGCUGUGGAUCCACCAUUUGCUGGCAACUUCCAUAAAACUCUUGGAUUUGUAUUCCCUCCAAAACAUUCCAAUGAGGCGCUUGCUGAUGAUCGCAGG